AAUAAGUUAGGUUUUCGUGUGAGAAUCAGUGUUAAUUUCACUACUGCAUCGCGAGCCUAGCAGAAGGCGAACUGUGCCACAUUGUUUGGCAGAAAGCUAAGGAAGAAACCUUAUAAAACCCGGUUUUAUAGAUCCGGAAGUCGAUCUAAACCGUAAGUUAAUAUAACCUUUGUUAAAUCACCCUUUCUUUAUAAGGAAUUUUAUAUCUUUAGGCGAGCCUAGUAGAAGGCCAAUCGAGCCAAAUUGUUCGGAAAAAAUCCGAGGAAGAAAACCAUUUGUUGUAAGUUGUACAAUCUCUAAAAACUUUCCUCUAACUAAUAAAUUAACUCGUUUUAGUUUGAGCUACUUAUAUGCUCUGCUGCUACUGCUACUACUGCUACAAUCGAAGUUGCUUCAAAAGCGGUUUUUUAUUUCCUCGUCCGAACAAAACUCAAAAACAAAUGAGUUCGGCUAGAAGCCUGGAGCAGAUUGAGGUUAUGGAUCAAAACCUCCAGCAGCAGUCUAACGCCGAGAACACCGCAUAUGAUUGUGCUCUGUGUGAGGAGCCGAAUCAUGCUGACCACCAUAUGGUCCAAUGUGACACCUGUCCGCGCUGGUUUCAUUACUCCUGCGCCGGUGUUACGGAUGAAAUUGUCGACGAACCAUGGAGCUGCCCCACUUGUUCAACCGAAACAGUUGUCGAAAAUGCGUGUGGCGGUUCUCAGGAGGACAUUUCCGCCCUGCAGUUUCUGGAUCUUGGUGCCGGAAAGGAUGCACGCUGGAAGCAAAAUGAAGAGCAGCAGAAAGCUGCCGACGAGCAGCACGAACGUGAUUUGAUGCUGAUGAGAAAGAUGCAGCGUCGGAAUUUCCAGCGACAGCUGCAGCGCGAGGAGCAAAAGCGAUUGGCACAGCUCGAGUUGGAACGUGAAAUGCUGGAGAUGAGGCGGAAAGCUGAUAAGGAGUAUCAGAUCAAGAGGAGCCAAUUGUGGAGUACCUACGGGCUCAAUCAACAAUCACUCAACUAUCCCGAUGCAAAUGACAUUCCGCAGCAUUUUGUUGGCGGCGCGGAAUCAAGAAAAGUUACGUUUGAGCCGAACGUGUAUCCUGUGUAUUCUACUCCGCUAUCCGGAAGCUAUUCCCCUCAAGUACCGACGACACCGUUGCGCAAUCCCGGGGUGUAUCCAGCCAGAGUUAUUCCAAGCAACUCGAAUGCACCGAUCGUUAAUCAUCCUUUGCCUUCUCACCUGUCGGCGCCUCCGCAAGUUCCGAACCAAAUAGAUGGGCGCAAUCUUUCGAACGUUCCAGUGAAUCCACCGGUGAGGCACAAUCCGCUGCCAAAUCGCGGUCUGCCGUUAGUACCAGAGGAACCAGUGAAUCAAAAUUCUCCCAACCAAUUCCCGCAUUCGGCCAUGCAUCGGCUACAUCUAGGGGGCCCAGUGGGUCCAUGCGAUCCGCCCAAUCCGCCUCCCCAUUCGGAUGCACAAUGGCCGCAAAUUGCUUUGCCACCAGUAGCGGAGUUGACCAGGGCACAGAUCGCUGCUCGAAAAGGACCGUUCUGCAAAUUACCGACCUUCAGCGGAGAUCCCGAGGAAUGGCCGCUGUUUUACAGCAGCUACAUUAAUGGAAACUUGGCGUGCAACUGGUCGAAUUUAGACAAUCUUGGGAGGCUGCAGGAAGCGAUUCAAAAUCCAGCGCGCGCUAAAGUGCGCCACCAUUUGAUGCUGCCUGAAACGGUACCCGAAGCCAUCGAAACACUCCGGAGGCUUUAUGGGCGCCCGGAACAAAUAAUUUCUGCGCUUGUGCGCAAGGCGCAGAAUGCGAAGCCACCAUGUCUGGAAAAUCCGGUAACUUUUUCGGAUUUCGGCAUCAUCGUGCAGCAACUCACCGAUCACCUGAUUGCGUCUGGACUCCGGGAUCACUUGGUGAAUCCACAUCUAAUCGAGAUCCUUGUGGCCAAGCUUCCUGGUCAGACGCAGAUUGAAUGGAUCCGCUACAGACGUCAGCAAGGUUUUUCCACUCUGAAAACCUUUUCCGAUUUCAUCACCGCCAUCGGAGCCGAUGCCCUAGAACUGGAACACAUCAACCGGAUGCACGGUUGUAGCAAGGAGAGGCUGAAGCCAGAAAAACCGAGAGCUGACAAGAAAGUGAAGGAGAAAAGGGCUGAGGGUUACCUGCAUGCCCACAUCGGAGAGUUCGAGGACAAGCGGGCAAGCACCAAAAGAGAGCAGUCUGCCCCCUCCUCUUCCUCAUCUAAGUCCGUACAGCAGCAGCAGACCCGGGUGCCAUGCCACAUUUGCAAUCGCACCGAUCAUCGCACAAGGUUUUGUGACGACUUUGCUAAGCUGUCCUGGGAAGGUCGCGUGAAGGAAGUGGCCAAAUGGAAGCUGUGCAAACUUUGCCUUAACGAACAUGGCGAUUCAAACUGUCGUUUCAAGCGCAAGUGCAACAUCGGAAACUGUCAUGAAAUGCACCACCCACUACUUCACCCAACGAACAACAACAAUCCUGUGGCCACAACUGAUUGCAACGCUCACAGUGUCGACAUUCAACAACCAGUGAUUUAUCGAAUGGUACCUGUCCGACUAAGUAACGGCAACCACUCGGUGAACGUAAUCGCAUUCCUGGAUGAAGGCGCAUCCUGCUCUUUGGUGGAACGUGAGGUUGCAGAUCAGAUUCAGCUGGGAGGAGAACCACAACCACUUAUUGUCAAGUGGACGGCGGGUAUGACGCGCAUGGAGCGCGACUCUAAGCGAGUGCAUCUAUCGAUUUCCGCUAUUGAUUCGUCGGAGCAGUUCGUGCUGAAGAAUGUGCACACCGUUGAGAAAUUGAAACUACCCGAGCAGAAACUACUCUUCGCAGAUGUCGCAAGGAAGUACCAGCAUCUGGAAGGGCUACCUGUCUGCGACUACCGCUGCGAAACUCCACGAAUUCUAAUUGGACUCAAGCAUCUGCACGUCUACGCCCCGUUGGAAUCACGGAUUGGGGCCCCUGGUGAACCGAUUGCAGUUCGAACUCAUCUUGGUUGGACAGUGUACGGGCCACAAAAUUCAGCAGAUACCUCCGAAAUGUUUUCUGGUCACCACGACAUGAGCCCGGCAGAUCGCGAGCUGCAUGAGCUGCUACGUAGUCAAUACAUGCUGGAAGAAGCCGGAAUCGCAGUUUCAAUUUUGCCUGAAUCGUCGGAAGAUCGUCGUGCUCGUGACCUGUUAGAAAAAACCACCGUGCGAAUUGGCCAACGCUUCGAGACAGGGCUGCUGUGGAGGGAUGACAACCCUCAAUUGCCCGACAGUUACCCGAUGGCCGUGAAGCGGCUGAAAGCUUUAGAACGAAAGUUGUCGAGAAAUCCGGAGCUGAAGGAGAAGGUAUCUAAACAAAUCGCCGAGUACCAAGAAAAGGGGUACGCCCAUAAAGCGACUGCCCAAGAUUACGCUGACGCUGCUGCUGGUGCCAAGGUCUGGUACCUCCCCUUAAACGUGGUCCUCAAUCCAAGAAAGCCAAGCAAGGUCCGCCUUGUUUGGGACGCGGCGGCCGCAGUCAACGGAAUUUCGCUCAACUCGGCUCUUUUGAAGGGGCCCGAUAUGCUGACCGAUCUGCCUGGAGUUCUGUUUCAUUUCCGAGAGCGACCCAUCGCCUUUGGGGGUGACAUAUUGGAAAUGUACCACCAGAUUGGUAUACGACGAAGCGACAAGCAGGCCCAACGUUUCCUGUACCGGGAUGAGCCAACUGAUCCGCCGGAAAUCUUCGUCAUGGACGUGGCGACCUUUGGCUCUACAUGCUCACCGUGUUCCGCCCAGUAUAUAAAGAACCGGAACGCAAAGGACUUUGCAGAUGAAUAUCCGGAUGCAGCAGCGGCGAUUGUCGACAAUACUUACGUUGACGAUUACCUCGAUAGCGCAGAUUCAGUGGAAGAGGCGGUCACGCGAGCACAGCAGGUGAAGAAGAUCCACUCGGCAGGUGGGUUCCGAAUUCGAAACUGGGUCUCAAAUAGUACCGAAGUCCUGGAGAAAUUGGAGGAGCCGACGGAGCGCCAAGUAGUCCAUUUCAGCGCCAACAAGACAACGAACAUGGAGCGCAUUCUUGGUGUGUUCUGGGAUCCAGUCGAAGAUGUCUUUCGGUUUUUGAUCAAACUCCGCACUGAUCUGGAGUCGUUCAUGGACGGCAGUCAACGUCCUACCAAGCGACAACUGGGACUGCAAAUCGGUACCGCUUGUGCUGAUAGGUUCACUAGAGCUCGCACACGCUGGAAAUUCAACCCUCCCUCAGCCCCUCAUAUGGGAGGGAUCUGGAGGAGGCUUUUGAGAUCAACCAAGGAGGCGAUGAAGGCUCUGGACGACGGCCUACGACUAAUCGACGAAAUGCUGCUGACCGUGUUGGCCAAAGCUGCGGAAAUGAUCAACUGUAGACCACUAACGUACAUUCCCCAAGAGUCAUCGGAGGUGGAGGCUUUAACGCCGAAUCACUUCAUCCGAGGUUUUCCGUCCGGGGAACAUCAUCAGGUGGAGGAAACGGCCAAUCCUUCUGAAGCUUUGCGGGACCAGUAUAAACGAGCACUUCAGCUAGCGGACAUCCUGUGGCAACGUUGGGUCAAAGAAUACGUGCCCUGUAUCGAUCAACCAACGAAGUGGCACGCCGACAGCCAACCGGUAGCCGAAGGAGACCUGGUGUACAUAGCCGAUGGUAACAGCCGGAAGACCUGGGUGCGAGGCGUGGUCCAGCAGAUCAUCCCUGGACGAGACGGAGUGAUUCGCAGAGCUGUGGUGCGUUUGGCGAAUGGGAAGGAGCUGCGUCGUCCUGUGAACAAGCUUGCGGUGUUGGAGAUUGGUCGUAAAUCCAGUCAGGUGAAGGACCCUGCACUAGAGUUACGGGCGGGGGCGAUGUUGGCACCGCUGGCACCCUUGGACCGAGCAGCGACGCCGCCGAACCAGUGAGCGCGGCGAAGUUUUGCCGCAUCUGUCAAAGUGACAGAAUCGACGGUUGAUAUAGAGCAUCGUUUUUUUUCACUAGUCGAAGUAAGCCAACAGUAAAUUUUUACCCCGAAGCGCUAAUCUAAAAUUAGCAUUAAUUUUGUCGCGAAUAAGUUAGGUUUUCGUGUGAGAAUCAGUGUUAAUUUCACUACUGCAUCGUAAGUAAAACGACUUGUUGCGAUUUGUACAAUUUUUUAAUAAUCAGCAUUGCAUUUAGGCGAGCCUAGC